AGCAAUUGGGCUCACAGCUAGGGGCGUUUCGCGUGGCAUGGAUGUAAUAGGUGCCAGCGUGCAGGCCAUUGCUGACGCUGUUCGGAUCUCGUAUGGUCCAUGUGGAAAAGACCAAUUGGUAGUCACGGAAAGUCAAAAGCUGGUGACGAAUUCGGCCUCGCGAAUUCUGGCGCUUGCGCGCCCUGGAUCACCGGUUGCCAAGGUUCUUCUUCGACAUCUUUGCAAGUUUGCGGAGGAAGCUGGAGAUGGCACUGCUACCUUGGCGCUGCUCCUAGACGGCGCAGUCCGGUUUUGCGUGAAGGCCAUCAAUGAUGGCCGGGCUUCUCGACAGGAAUUGCUGAGGUGCUUUGCCUUCAUUGAGGCAGCGGCGCUGAAAGAGUCGGCACAGCUUCUGCAAGAGAUUCAGUCAGGUGGUCCAGUAGAAAUGGUGUUCUCCAACCUGGCCAAGACAUUCUUCGGCGCCAAUUUCCCUUUGGAAGUGAGUGGCAAAUUGAGCCAGAUAUGUUGGCAGUGGCUGAAGGCGAACUCCCGGGAGGAGCUGUCGGCCACUGCCGGAGACCUGAGACGCGGGGAGCUGAUCAAGGUUCCUCUUGUGGGGCCCACAAGUACAGAUGCAGCAGAUUCCACUGCUUCGGCAACGUUGGAGCGUCAGCACUUGAUGUCAGCAGUGCUGGCCCACUCCACCAUGCCUUGUGAUCUUGGGGAAGGCCGUGCCGCCGUGCUGGAUGACCACGUCGUCACACUUCCAGUUCGUGUGACAGCCCCAGGCAACCUCUUGGACAGGUUGCAGCAACAUUUGUUGCUUGCCGCUGAGCAGCUUUGGCAGGCGGGAAUCCGGCUAGUUUUCUGUGCGUCCUGCGUCCACGAGGAAUGGACAGGAUCACUGGCUCGCCGUGGCAUUUGCUUGCUGCACCUGGUAGACGAAGAGGAGCUAGGCCUCCUGGAGGGGAAGGUCGGCAAGAUUCGCCGAAUUCGUCCCGGGAGCGAGGAUGUGGCUGCAUUGACGGCAGGGUCUUUCUCUCUCCAGUCUCUCAGGCCGUUUCAGUCCCUUUCUGCAGCAAAACUUGCAGGAACCCGUGCCUUCUGGCAUGUGAAGCCGAAAAGUGAAGAUACGCCAUGUACCUUGGUGUUGGCAGCCAGCAGCCUAGGCAUCGAGCAUCGGUUAGCUAUUCUGCGACUGCUUGCUGUGGUUGCUCCGGGCCUGGAGGACCCAAGCAGCAUUGUUCAUGGUGGCUUGGCCUUUGAACUGGGCAUGCUUCGACUGGCCCACAGCAAGGUGCUGAGCCUCCGCGCAGGGUCGAGGGCUGGAGCAGAACUCUUCGGCUUGGAGGAUGACAAGGCUGCGCGACUUGAGAUGCUGUCUUGGUCACUGCUAGAGGCGGCCCUCUUGUCUGUCCUUGAGACCUUCCUGGCCAACAUGGGAGAAGGCUCUGCUUCAUCCAAGAGGACAGCCCGAUUGCUGGUGACCCUCCCUGAAGCAGAGCUUCGCGAAAUGCCUGGCCUGCAAGCGAUUGGACAGAGCAAGGUGCAUUUCGGUUUUGUCCUCUCGCCUGGCAUUGGAUGCCAGGCCACAUGGCAGCCCACAGAGAGCAGCCGAUUGAAGCAUGACUUGCUGCGUGCCCUUUGCUCCCUUGGACGCCAGUUCUGCAGGCUGGAUCCAGCCACUGUGAAGACAUCGGCAUCUAGACCUUAGCGGCCCGGCAGACUGCGCCCAUUGCCGAACUCGACGAGGGGCGACCAGGGCUGCGACCUGAAGUCGGGCUCACGGCCCGGUGUGCAGAGAUCUGUACUAGUGCAAGGCGUCCACAACCUCGCAUCUUUUUGGCAGUGACAGCUAACAGUGACAGCCCGCGGAACUACGUUCCUGUCAGCGAAGAAGCAGAGGAGAAGAAGGCAGAUGAAAGACAGCGGCUUGUGGAUCAGAAGUCUUCUGGUGAAUCAGGCAGGUUCUACUGCAAGCCUUACCAGGAAAUGCAGGAUUUCAAGCCGUGAAGGCAAAAUCCUGAUUGAGCCUUUGCGCUACGUAGUGCAGACAAGGUGCAUUUGUCCGGAUAUCCUCAGUUUCCAUAUGUGCCAUGGGAACAUGUCCUGGCCAUGACAAUGACGGUACUGGAUCCGGCAACCAGGAUAAAGAUUCCUGGGAGGGUCAGCUCUUUGUUUGUUUGACAGGAGCGCUUGUACCUGGUGUGAAUA